CGCUUCCACGCGCGGCCGCUCACCAUUGGCUUGGGGCUGCGGCUUUUUGGCAUCGACCCCCUGGCCAAGGUCCUCACUGUGCACGUGGUGGGGGCGUCCCACGUCGAGACCCUCAACACCCGGCUGACGGACUACGAUGAGCUGACGCGGAUGUUCCCGGGGCACCGGGGCGUGGAGGUGGUGAUGGUGGGGGUGGACGUGGUCGACGGACCCGUCAUGAGGCCACCCCUGGCUGCGCCAGCGCCCCGGGGAAGGGUCUAUCUCAGCAGCUACAAGGGGCUGUACCACGACUUCUGGGAAAGCCACGUGGAGACGAAGCUGGCUGCCCGGCCCGACCUGGUGGUGGGCUUUCACCCGGGUUUCCACGCCUGCCCAGACCUGCUGGCGGGCUGGCUGCCCACCCUGCUGCUGCUGCGGGACUACUGCCUGCCCGUCCUCUUCACCGUCUACAGCGAGCAGGAGCUGAAGUCCUCCCUGCAGAUCCUGGUGGAGCUCGAGACGCAUAUCAUGGGCUAUGCCGCCAACCCCUUCGCCUCGCUCCGGCCUGAGCAGGUCUACUCCAGCCCCAACAAGGCGCCCGUCUACUGCAGCUCCUACUACAUCGCCCUGCUGGGGCCGGUGGUGUCAGCUGUGCCGGCUGCCGAGGCACUGGAGGACGGUGAUGGCUGGCAGGGAGGGGAGCCCAGUGCCGCCGGCGCAGCGGGGGGCAUCGCCCCAGGGCUGGGCUGACCCCCUGCAGCCAGCGCCGUCCUGCCUACCCUGCCCACCCGACCCCCAGCCCCUCACUACCCCGUCCCAGGACCCCGGCUCCCCAUCCCGAGAUCAGCGAUCCAGCCAUCCCUUGCCACACACAUCCAGUCCCAGGGAACGUGGCACCCCAGCACAAGUACGGCACAGGCACGGCAUCCCUCCACGGAGCCGAAUAAACCACCGCCAGCAGCCGGC